AUGUUUUUAAUUCAAAGUGUUAUAAGAAAUCAUAAAGUAAAGAUUCAAAGUGUUCUAAAAAGUCAUACAGUGAAGAUGACUAUUAUCAAUCAAAUCGCAAAAUACCACAAAGUUAGUCAUGUCAUAUUCGACAUGGAUGGCUUAUUAUUGGAGACAGAGCAAAUCUACGAGAAAAUUAUCCGUGAUUUGGCAGCCUCAUACGGAAAGCCUUACCCAUGGGAAGUAAGAAUGAGAAUUUUGGGAACGACAGAAAGACGCACAUGUGAAAUUGCAGUUGCUGAACUUGGUUUACCAUGUACAGUUGAUGAGUUUCAGAAACAAUUUAGUCAGUCAUGCCUUGAUAAUCUUGGAAAUUGUAAUUUAAUGAAUGGUGCUGAACGCAUUGUCAGACAUUUCUACAACAACAACGUUCCAUUCUGCCUAGCCACAAGCUCAUCACAGGAAAGUGUCGUUGUAAAGACAGCAAAUUACCCAGCCUUGUUCAAAUUAUUCCAUCACAAAGUUUGUGGAUCAACUGACCCCGAUGUAAAGCAAGGGAAACCAGCACCAGAUAUAUUCUUGGUUGCAUGCCAACGUUUCCCCGGAAAUAUCAAGCCAGAGGACUGCUUAGUCUUUGAAGACGCACCAAACGGAUGUCGAGCAGCUAAAUUAGCAGGAAUGCAAGUUGUUAUGGUUCCAGACUCACAUGUAACAGAGAAACAGAAGGAAGAUGCUACAGUUGUUCUUAAAAAUUUAUUGCAUUUCAAACCGGAAGAAUUUGGAUUACCGCCGUUUGCUGACAUUAAUGAAGAGUAA